AAACAAACGCUUAAUACCUAUAACGGUAACAAGGAAUUAUUAAGUUAACGGUGAACGUAUUACACAGAAUUACCUUAAACAAUUUAACGGUUUUCAACACUAAAGAUAAUCCGGUUUUCGAAAGAAAUAUAUGAAAAUUUUGAUGAAUUAAACAGAAUAUAAAUAAAUAUAUUCCAGUGAAUUUUAAAAAGAAUAUACUUAAGCAAAAAUUGUUAAUUGCAAAAUAAAUUGAAAUCUGCUCAUUACCAUAAAAAAUAUAAUAAAAAUAUGCAGUGCGAUACGUUGGCGUUUUGGUUUUCCCUAUUCAUAUCAGCCAUAUUGGUGUGUCCGAGUGCCGCCUUUAUUGCAAACUCACCAUCGGUUUCAACUGCAGCACGUUCAACGGCGGGUGGCAAUGGUUUAAAGGAUGCCACAGACAUCUACUCGCUGGCCAGUGCACAAUUGAUGAUGGAUCAGGUGCCCAGUGGUAAAGUCUCAUUUAAACCUCAUGAUUUGGAAGAUGUUAAUGUUAGGCCUGUCUAUGAUCCAGGUGAUGAACUUCUGCGUGCUUUAAAUGCCGACAUUGCUGCUACGGGUCAAGAAUUGGGCACUUUACCAAUGGAACCUGACUAUGCUGAUACAGUGUACAAUGAAUUGGAGUUGGCCAGUAAAUAUGACAUGUUACGCAAAAUACAAAGGGAUUUACAAGAAGAGCAGGAUAUUGUCAGUAAAUCAGCAGUUCUAAUGAAAAUGCUAGAGGAUCCCACAAUCGAUACACUUCCCAUUGUCUAUGUGGAAGAAGAUUUAGCCGUAGAAGAAUCAAAUAACAACAAUAACAAUCUGGAUUUCAAUGAUAACUCAAAUGGUAUGGCCAAACGUUCCCGUUACUACAGACGUUACCCAUGGAAGCGUCACAACAGGAACCGCAGCACUUAUGAUCCAGAACUACGUUAUGCCUGCACUCCCACCAAAGAAGAUGUCUUCAAACUAUUGGUGAAUUUGCAUGAAAAUCGUAAUGGGAAAAAUGGUAAAACCGUUAGUUUUUGUAAUCGUAAACGUCCGGCUAAAGCCAUCUUCACAAAUAUACGUUUCCUGGGUUAAACCGCUCAUACACUAUAAAAACGAAACGAUGACAGUUAGAGGCAGUUGGAUGGAGAGUGAAUUAUAAAAAAAAAACUACAAAAAAUCGUAUACGCAAAAAUCAAAAUUUCAAAUAAAACCAAGCAGCCAAAAUAAAACUAAAUAACUAAUAAAAAUUUAUUAAAAUUCUGUAUAUUUGAUGGAAACAAACAAAUUGGUUUGAAACAAAGGAGAAAUAAUAGCACUUAUCUAAACUAUAAAAUGCCCUUCGAGCAGCUUAAAUUAGUAUUAAUUCAAAUCACAAAAUAUAUAUAAAAUAUACAUACACUACUAAAACACAUUUGUAUUAUUAAUAAUAUUUAAAUAAACUGCACUUUUUAUGAAAAAAAUUUAAAAAAAAAUUAUAGUAAAUUGAAAAAUAUUUUAUUUAAAAAACCACUUAACUUUAAUUAAUUUUAAAUAAAUAUAAAUAUAUGUAAAUAAAACUUACAAAAAAGAAAAUAUAUCAAAUCAAGAAACUGCAAUUAUAAAUUAAAUGAGAAAAAUUUAUUGAAAAUUUUAACAAGAUAAAUAUAAAAUAAAAACAAAUCAUAUCAAUUAGUUUUUAAAU